GAGGGGUUUCCCGGGACAAGCCGGCCCCUUUCAUCCAGGAAGUGAAAGCGACGUCGGGGUCAAUGAAAACAAACGGGGCGCCCAGGGGAAGGAAGGCAGGCUACAGAGAACCGGCGCUGGGGCGCGGGAGGGAGCUGCCGGGCGGCGGAAGCGCGAGCCGGGGGCCGGGCGCAGUCACGUUUCUGCCGAGUGCCGGUGGCGGGCGCCCGGGGCGGGGGUCUGGGGGGGUCGGGAGGGGUCGCCCCAGGCUCCGCGCCCACCGCAUCACCUUGGUCGGCGCCGGGGCACGAGGAUGUGCGGUGCCGGGCUCUGAAGCAUGGAGGGGGUUCUGUACAAGUGGACCAACUAUCUCACAGGUUGGCAGCCUCGCUGGUUUGUUUUAGAUAAUGGAAUCCUAUCCUACUAUGAUUCACAGGAUGAUGUUUGCAAAGGGAGCAAAGGGAGUAUAAAGAUGGCAGUUUGUGAAAUUAAAGUCCACUCAGCAGACAACACAAGAAUGGAAUUGAUCAUUCCGGGAGAGCAGCAUUUCUACAUGAAGGCAGUGAAUGCAGCUGAAAGACAGAGGUGGCUGGUGGCUCUGGGUAGUUCCAAAGCAUGUUUGACUGAUACUAGGACUAAAAAAGAAAAAGAAAUAAGUGAAACUAGUGAAUCUCUGAAAACCAAAAUGUCUGAACUUCGCCUCUACUGUGACCUCCUAAUGCAGCAGGUUCAUACUAUCCAGGAAUUUGUUCACCAUGAUGAGAAUCAUUCACCUCCCAGCAUAGAGAACAUGAAUGAAGCCUCUUCUCUACUCAGUGCCACAUGUAAUACAUUCAUCACAACGCUUGAAGAAUGUGUGAAGAUAGCGAAUGCCAAGUUUAAACCUGAGAUGUUUCAGCUGCCCCACCCAGAUCCCUUAGUUUCUCCUGUGUCACCUUCUCCUGUUCAAAUGAUGAAGCGUUCUGUCAGCCAUCCUGGUUCUUGCAGUUUGGAGAGGAAUAGCCACUCUAUAAAAGAACCAGUGUCUACACUUCACCGACUUUCCCAGCGACGCCGAAGAACCUACUCAGAUACAGACUCUUAUAAUGAUAUUCCCCUUGAUGAUCCAGAUAGACCUGUUCACUGUUCAAGAAGUACAGUUAAUGGAGAUUUGGCAUCAGCAACCAUUCCUGAAGAAAGCAGACUUAUAGCCAAAAAAAAAUCUGAAUCAGAAGAUCCUCUUCCAUCCUUCUCUUCUUGAGGAAUUCGAAGUGUCCAACUUCCUCUAAGUAUUGCUAUGCAAAAGCUGCUGUAAUUAAACCAUUGUUAUGGGGAGUAGUUUUUCCCUUUACUUAGGAUUUCUCUGCACUUUAUAGAAUAUUGUAAAACAAAGAAAUGACACACAUACUUUUGAAGUGUAUUUUAUCUUUAUAUAGUUUAUUUGCAAGAGUAUUUUCCUAAUAACUUCACAGUAUGAAUGUGCAUUUUUUUUUUAAAUGAUAGUGUAACAUUUUGACAUCCACAAGACAAAUGUAGAUAUUUUUCUAAAAACCUGUGAAGGACUGACAACUCGGUCAGUGUGUAUUGUAGCUUAUAAACAUGAAAUCUUACAAGGUUUCAGUUUGACAGAGUGUGAUAUAUGUAACUUGUGCCAUGGACCAAAUGGUCACUUUACCCCAGCUAAAAAUGAGUUUCUGUAGCAGCUCGAUGGUGACUGCAUUGUAUUCUUGUAAGCAAAAAGGAAGCACUUAAUGUUUUAAAUAUCUUUAGCCCGAGUUCCAUGACAUAUUGAACAUUUUUAAAAACGAGACUCUGCUGUCCUUCAUAUAUGAAGUUGACACUACUGAUUUGUCAAUACCAAAUGUUGGGUUAAAGUAUUUAAUUUUUUUUUAAUUUAUUUAUUUUCUUAUUGCAUCAAAUGAUGAUUGCAUCCUGACUUUUGUGACCUACCAAAUUUGAAAUGUGUAUACAUUGUUUGUUCUAGAAAAGAGGUUAAUGUUGUAGUGACCUUGCUCACUUAUACCAGCGAAAUAAAAACUUUCAAUAAAGGAGGUUUUAGUGCUUUUUUUCUAAAACAGACUUUAAGCUGCUGUUGUAAGGUAUUAUUUGCAGCUUUUUAGAAUAUCUAGAAACAUUUUUUAUUUAUGAAUAUUUAUACAAAAAAGGAAUUCUGUCAAGGUGAUUACUGAUUAUAUCACUUAAGAAUGGCAUUAUUUAAUUAAAGAAGUAGCAUUUUUUUUUGUAGUGCCUGUCCAUACCUGUUAUCAGUGUUUGCCUUGUAAUCUGUUUUUUUUAAAAUUCACUUUGGGGUGAUGGUUUUGUCCAAGGUUUUGGAUGAAGAGCACUUUAAAACAAAUGGUUUGGUCUUUUUAAGUUAAUCACAUAGUUAAUAAAUAUGUGGUUUUUGCAUCUAAACUCAUCAUAUAAUACAUUGUAUUUUUUACAUUCUUUGAUACUCUGUUUAAUUUUUAUUAAGUGCUAAUAGUAUUCUUUAUGGAUUUGAUUUUUGUUUGUGUAUACACAAAUGAGCUUUGAAUGGUCUGACCAAUUUCACUUUAAAUUUCUCUUUUAAGAUUAUGUGGGAAUUUUUUUUUUUUUUUGAGAAUUAAUGUUUGGUAUUUACUAAGAAUAAGUCUAUAGUUAUAGGCCUUCUUUAAGUUUAAAUGGAUAUACAUAAUCUAUAUACGUCAAUAUGUAUUUAGAUAAACUGUAUGCUGUUUAAAG